CUGCACGAGGUUUCAUUCUCACUUUUUAUGUGCAAGUGUGCUUUAGAUCCACAGAUGUCUAAAAUGCGCUAAUUGUCCAAACAGGAUUUAUUUCUUGCGUGUGUUUGCGCUGGAAUAAUAAACUUUCUCAGCAAAUGUUUUCAAGAGGCCCUUUCUCAUGUGCCAAAGACGACAUGAUUUACUUGCUCAGAUGGACUGUUUUCCUGUGGAUCGUAAAUUCCGUCCCUUUUACUUCAGGAAUGGCAGUGACUGAGAGAAUAGAUCAUGCAUGUCCAUCCAUAAAGCUGGAGGAGAAAUGGUAUACCAGCUUGAGCAUUCACAAAGAGUUUACAGGAUUCGAUUUAGCCGAGAAGUUUCUUCUUAGAAAAGGCACAGUGACGGAAAACAGACCGUUGUUUAGACUGGGGAGCAAACCCCUUUUUAAACCCACAGAACUUGUGUUCCCAAGUGGACUUUCUCAUGAAUACUCCAUCAUCGCCACCUUCCGGCUCCGUAAAACUAUGAAGAAAGAUCGCUGGUUUGUCGUGCAAGUGUUUGAUAAAAGCGGAGACUUACAGGUGUCAUUAAUAGUGGAUGGAGCCAAAAAAUCUGUGGAGUUUUUAGCUCAAGGUUUUCUGAAGAACAGUCUCCUGUAUGUGUUCAAAAACCGAGACCUUCAAGCCCUAUUCGACCGGCAGUUUCACAAGCUGGGUGUAUCUGUGGAGAGCAACGCCGUGUCCGUUUACCUAGACUGUAAACUCAUAGAGCGUCAGGUGACCGCAGAAAGGGCGGGACUGAAUCUGAGCGGGCGCACCUUUAUCGCCACGAGUGUGGAGAAUGGACGUCCAGUGGAUAUUGAACUUCAAGAGAUUUUGAUGUUUUGUGAUGCUAGAAUAGCCGAACUGGACAGGUGUUGCGAUUCUCCUGAAGUGACGUGUGAACCCAUAAUAACCCACAAACCCACAGCGGCCCCACUGGUCACCGGAUACUUCCACCGAAUGCUGUCUCUGCCGGCCCAGCAGCCUACAGACCGAUGCCACUGCCCUGCUCUAAAAGCGAGUCAUGGACUACUAGGUAUGGGACAUUUUGGACUUAAAGGAGAAAAAGGAGAUACGGGUUUGAAAGGAGACCCUGGACCUGAAGGCCCACCCGGUCUUAAAGGUGAUAAAGGUGAACCUGGCUCGCCAGCUCUGGGAACUCUCUCGGUUGAAAAGCAAGGUCCAAAAGGAGACCAGGGCCUCCAGGGUGUUCUCGGAGAAAAGGGAGAUGCUGGGUUACCCGGUCAACCAGGAGCACCAGGGAAGGAGGGCAAAAGGGGCCGCCGAGGAAAAACAGGGGAACCUGGGACACCAGGACCGUCGGGUCCACCUGGAACAUGUGAUGUUAAAGCCAUUAAGGGAGAGAAGGGUGACGCGGCCAUCGCUGGAGUAGAUGGGCGAAAGGGCGACAGAGGAGAUCCUGGUUUACCCGGACUGGAAGGAGCCAUUGGAAUAAAGGGUCAAAAGGGUGAAGAAGGCCCCCGUGGACUGCCGGGCCCUGUUAUGACAGCACAUGGCCUGAGACUUCCUACUGGAUCUGAGGGGGAAGCAGGGGAUAAAGGCCAGAAAGGAGAUCAGGGUGAAAAAGGCCCUGAAGGCCCACAAGGACUAAAGGGAGAUACCGGUUUGCCUGGGCCAGCAGGGACAUCAGGACCCGAGGGAAAAGAGGGUCCAACUGGUCCCAUUGGACUCCGGGGUCUUCCAGGAGACUUGGGCUCUCCCGGUCAACGUGGACUGCCUGGGAGAGAUGGGAUGAAAGGAGAGAAGGGGGAGUCGGUCGGAGCACCAGGACCGAUGGGUCCCCCAGGCCUCAAGGGCGAGCCCUGCAGUGUCGGACCCUGCAACACGGAGGAUGUCGUCUCUGGUCCGCGGGGGGUACGGGGCCCUAAGGGCGAGCGAGGUGUACCCGGUGUACCUGGAGACCCGGGAGAGAAAGGAGAAGCUGGAUUUGGAAUUACUGGACCCCCUGGUCUGAUGGGACCAAAGGGGGAACCAGGAAUUAAGGGAUCUCCUGGAACCCAAGGGCCAGCUGGUGUGCCAGGAAUCAUAGGACCGCCAGGCCUGCAAGGCAGACCAGGACCCCCUGGACCCCCAGGAGAACCGACAGCGCUGCCCAUUGUUGGAGACAUGGGCACAUUACUGAAGAACGCCUGCAGUGUGUGUCAGACCAGAAUACCAGGAUUACCAGGGCAGAAAGGAGAGAAAGGAUCCCAUGGAGCUUCAGGUAUCCCGGGAAUGGAUGGAGAAAAGGGGGAUCAGGGUCUGCGAGGACCGGCUGGUAAUCCGGGGAAAGAGGGUCCGAAGGGAGUGAAAGGUGAGAGAGGCUUUCCUGGACCAAUGGGAGACAAGGGUGAUGAGGGGUCCCAUGGUGUGCCAGGAUUGCCUGGAGCCACGGGUCGUAUAGGUGCACCAGGACUUAUAGGCAGAUCAGGACCAGUUGGCUCCUCAGGACCAAAGGGAGAGCGAGGCAGCGACGGGCCUCCAGGUAGACCCGGACCACCCGGACCUCCGGGAGGUCCAUAUACGGAGGGCAAUGGAAUGAGCAGUCUCUAUAAGCUUCAGAAUGGAGGGACUAACACAGGCCCACCUGGACCACCCGGACCCCCGGGGCCAAAAGGAGAUGAUGGACGGAUGGGUGAGCCGGGGUUGAUGGGAUUAACAGGACUGGAGGGUCUGCCGGGUGCUAAGGGUGAUCCUGGAGUACCUGGUCAACCUGGCGUUCCUGGUCCUUCUGGGAAGCCCGGCCCGCGUGGUGAGACAGGCAUCCCUGGAGAGCCGGGAGAGCGAGGGCCUAUGGGAGAAACUGGCUUCCCUGGACCGGAGGGGCCACCUGGAGCCCCUGGAAGGCCGGGAAAAGAUGGAAUUCCAGGCUAUGAGGGAGCCACGGGCAGACCCGGAGACAGAGGUUCUAAAGGGGAACGGGGGGAUUCAGGGAUUCCAGGAGAGAGAGGAGUCCAGGGAGAAAGAGGGAGAAACGGAGACAGAGGACCCAUUGGGUCGCCCGGACAGAAAGGAGAACCAGGCCUGCCUCCAUCACUCGGGAGCGUGAAUCUGCUGGGCGAUACAGCUGCCUUGGAGGAAAUUAAAGCCUUCAUCCUAAAUGAAGUAUUGCGUGUGUUUGAAGAGAGGUAUUCAGAAAGCUUGCUGCAGAAAACACCGGCAGCUAUCUUAGCCGCUCAGGGUCGCCAGGGUCCUCCUGGACCACCCGGUAAUGAUGGGUCACCAGGACCCCCUGGAGAGUCAGGUCCUCCAGGCCCUCAAGGCUAUCGGGGGCAGAAAGGGGAACGGGGUCAGAUGGGGUUGGGAAUUCCAGGAGCACUGGGACCCAUUGGCCCGUCAGGUUCUCCUGGAAUAGGCAUCCAGGGUCCCACUGGUCCACCGGGUCCACAGGGCAAAUGUAACCCCAGUGACUGCCAUUACACGUUCCCUCACGGCAGACGGGAAGGAUAGAAUCUCCUCAAACCCGAUCCGAGAAACCAAGCGAUGAACCAGCUCAUCCACGCAAACCUCAGACUCAGCAUUAAACUCUUGUACAAAGAAGUACGGCGUCCCGGCUAGGAGUUGAGACGCAACCCAGUUUGAUCAAACUUCACCUGUUUUGUGUGUUUGUGAAAGGCCUCGCAAUACUCUGAUGGACGGCAGGACGUGGUACAUUUUUCUGAUGCAGUGUGGGCGACGGUAUAGCCGCGUGACAUCAUUCAGUUUCAUAAUGCAUCUUUAUUUCACACGUUCAUUCUCCAUGUAUUGGUGACCAACUCAUUUCUCACAUAUCGAGGGUGUGAAAGAUUAAAUCAAAUUAUUACACAAAACCAAACAGACAGAUUGAUCUGAAGGUGUGAAUGCAGUUGAAGUGAGAAUUUUGCUUGACAUUUGAUUAUUCAAGUUAAUUUAAUGAAAUCGUGGCGGCACUAUGCAAUCUGAAUCGGAAAAUGAACAUGAGAACAAAUAAUACAUCAUUGUAAAUAAGGUAGAAUUAACCUUAGAUACUAACUGUGUUCAUAACCAUCUAAUAUGUGUGAAUUAUGAGGUUCAUCAUCUCAUGCAUUGAAAAUAAGUGUACAGUGGAAUAUUAUUGAUAGAUCCGUUCAAGCUUAAAGACAUUUUAACCAAACGUGGAAGCCCAGUUGUUUUAUGGGCUCCUGCCUCUACAGCAUGUUAUGUUAUAAAUGCAAAAUAUAUCGAAAUGGCCAUGUUUGACCAAACACAACGGGGAACGCUGAAGUAAUCGCGAUCCGGCUGUGUUGGCCACCAAACGUUGAAAAACGAAUGAGAUAAGCUUUAAUUGUUUACAGGGAAAUAAACGUUCUUCCAGUCUGACUCUUUAAACACCUUCAUAUUGGUGUUUGUAUGUAUAUUUUGUCCUUUACCUGGUUUGUUUUUCCAAAGAACGUGUUGUGGAGUGCAUUUAAAAUAUUUACGGGAUUUCUUUUGCUUUGUAUAGAAAAUGUCUUUCCGUGUUACUUGAACAUUUUUCGUAUGUUGUAAUUCAUCAACGUCAUAUUCACACUUUAGCAAUGGAGAAAUCAUUUAUAUUUUAAUGUUUGUUUAUUUGAUAUUACACAGCAGAAAUGUGUCAUAAGGUAUUUAUUUAUUUGCGUGUGGUUUUUCAGGGGCUGUGGGUUGGAUUAGGUUUAUUUUUCUGUAAGGCACCCGUUUAAUAGAUAUGUUUGAAAUGAUGAUCUAGAAUCUGUAAAGGUGAUCUAGAGAUGUCAAUGGGAUUUACGGUUUGAAGGUGAAUCUCAUUGCUGGGAUGCAGGGAUCUGAGCUUUCUGACAUCACUCUUUACAUGAAAGCUAUGUGGGUGAUGACUGUUAUGUCAUGUUCUGCUUUUGGUGCAUGGCAUACUGAUUUCUGUUUAUCAGUUUUUCGGUCGAAUUGUUCUUUUCUGUAAGGCUUAUUUAGAUUUUUCCUUCCCGCUAUUUGACUUCAUCCUUUCUUUCUUCAUUUUUAAAAGAAAAUGUUGUACUUGUUAACAUUAGCUAAUGCACAAUGAACAGACAUUAACAAAUAGCCUAUUGAAGAAAAUGUAUUAGUUUAAGUAACAUUACUAAAAAUAAUAAAUGCUAUACAAUACGUUUCUCAUUGUUAGUUCGUGUAAGCUAAAUGCAUUAACUAAUGUUAAAGGAACAGUUCACCCAAAAAUGAAAAUUCUGUCGUCAUUUACUCACCUUCGAGUUGUUCUAAACCUGUAUAAAUUACUUUUUCUACUGAACACAAAGGACGAUAUUUGGAAGAAUUUUUGGUUCUGGGACAUCAUUGACUACCAUAGUAGGAACAAUUGAAUUGAAAUUGAAAUACUGCAUUUAUUUAUUUAUUCAUUUAUUUAUUAGAUAUUAUUUAUUAUAAUGAUCUUGCUUGGUCUAUAAACACCAUGCACUGUGCUGUGUUUUACCUUUCUGUGUUUUUCUUAUUUGCUCCUGUAAAGCUGCUUUGGAACAAUGCACAUUGUGAAAAGCGCUAUAUAAAUAAAAUUGAAUUGAAAAUGGUAGUCAAAAUGCCCCAAAACUGUUUGUUUCGCAUUUUGUAUUCGACAGAACAAAAUAAUUUACAAUCAUUUUUCCUAAUAUGGUAUAGUAAAUGAUGUCCCAGAACUGAAAAUUGUUAACAUUUUCGAAUACAUUUUUGUGUUCAACAGAACAAAGCAUAAGAAUUUUUGAAUUCAAAUUUUUAUCCCUUUAAUAAAUGUAGCCCUACAAACCAUUCUUUCCUUCCUCCCUUGUGAGAAAGCAAACCUUUAAGUUUUUGCUGUUUUAUUCAUAUAUCUUUUUAUCUUUAUAUGUAAUGUACCUAAUUACCUCUCCUGAGAGUUGAAAUAUUCAUUGUUCAGGUCAGUUGUUCAUGUCUAACAUACCGAGAGAUUUGUUUCCAGCAACUCGGAUAAAGUUGAUUUCCGACUUUUUAUUUUCCCUUCAUCUUUUUUAAUACUGUCAGUUUUCGACGAUUGUUUUUUAUCAUAAUUAUGAUCAUAAAUGAUGUUUCAUAGAUGUAAAUAGAGAUAUCAAAACUCAUAAAGUUUGGAUACUCAUGUAGCAUUAACAUUUCUCAAUAUUUUUCUCAAGGGCUUAAAACCGUGACUUACUUGAAGUGUGGACUUAAGAGAUCAAUAUUAAUGUGGUCUAAUAUCACAAAACCCCCGAGGAACGUCUUUUCAAUCAUGGCUUCAUUGAUUUCUCUAUUAAUGCACUUGGCCUUCUGUGAAUACAGACUGUCGUCACGUUAAGAAUGUAACACACAUUUGGUUCAUUACAAAUAUAUUUGCGUAUAACAGACCUGUGUAUUGCAUUGUAUUUAGUGUGUAAAAUAAUUGUCAUAAACCCGUGAGAAUUUCAGAUGUGUGUUCUUACUUUUCAUUUUUAGCUUAUUGUGUGACCACGUCUCUUUAACAUUAAUCAUUACAGUAAUUCUCUCUUUGAAAUAUUGCAGAUAUGCUGUGCUUUGUAUUUUCAGAUUUCUCAACAGUAGAAAAAUACAGAACUUGUAUUUUCAAGUUCUCAACAGGCUCUCAGCACUCCACUGAUAUUGUUGUUUUCUCUUGUUGAGUGCAUGAGAAGUGUUUGCAACUGUGGCUCCAAAAAAAGUUCAGACACUUACAUCACAUUUAAUUUAUGCGUUUCAUUGGGUUUGAUAGCUAAAUAUUGUAUCAACUCAAGUGGCAUCUUAAAAAGGUAGCUUUUAAAACUGGUAGUUUUUAAAGCAUUUUUUUUAAAUAAAAUUUUGAGUUGGUUCCCCUCAAGUUCACAUACAAAUUCUUUUUGUGAACCAGAAAUAUUUUGAUUAAAAUUGCGUGUCAAUUUUACAUAUACAUUAAGUGUGGCUAAAGUGUCCAAAUGCCUUUUUGGGGCCACUGUAUAUUCAGGGGCUGAGAUUUUUAUUUGUAAUUAACAUUUAAAUCAUUUCUUUUUAAUAAACAUUCACAUCAUGCAUUA